AUGAUAAGAAAACGGAAGACUGACGCCUUCUCCCUCCGCAGGGGCCGCCGGCGGCAGCGACUGUUCAAGCUGAAGUUCCACCACCAGGCGCUCCCGCCGGAGUACCUGGACCACUACGAAGCCAGCCUCCGCCAGGAGCAGCGCGCCGCGGCCGCCGCCUCCGCCAACUCCUCGCCCGCCUGCACGCCCACCACGGCCCGCCACCCGCGCGAGGCUCUGGGCCCCGAGACCGCCCCUGCGAGGGAUGCGCCCGAGGGGGGGCUGCAAGGGGGCGUGCCCCGGCCCGGGCGCGGCGGGCGCGGGCGCGGGCGUGCGCAGCGCAACUCCAGGCCGAUCACCAUCCACGAGGCGGGCGCGGGGGCCACGGAGGCGCUGCUCAGAGACCUGCUGACGCGGCCGCACCUGCAGCAGGCGGCGCUGCAGCAUGUGGCCUUGGCCCGCGCCCAGUCCGUGCCGUCCAUCAUGCUGGCCAGCCAGCAAGGGGCGCGCAGCCCGCCCAGCCCCGGAGCGGCCGCCCAGGAAGAGCAGCUGCCGUAUAUGGGCGAGAUGCUGCUGGACGCGCGGCCGCGGCGGGGCAGGAAGCCCAAGAAGGCCGACAUCACGCACCUCAUCUCCAAGAACUACGGCAUACAUGGCGCUGGCAUGGGCGUCGCCGGGGCCAUGCAUGAGCAAGUGGCCAUGCAACACCCGGACUAUUCUCUGCACCACUUGCAGCAGCAGUUAGAGCAGCAGCAGCAGCAGCAGCAGGAGGAGGAGGCGGCCCGCCGCUACAGCCCCAUGGAGCAGGAGUCCUUGGCGCGCUCCCGCAGCUACAGCCUGCUGCAGUCCGCGCUGGCGGCCGCCGAGGCGCAGGACCAGAGCGAGCCGCUCAACCUGUGCGUGCGCGACCGCCCCUUCAAGUGCGAGCCCGAGCAGGCGCGCGGCCAGGGCGACCUUCCCCGCAUCAAGCUGGAGCCGCCCUCCGUCAUCGAGGAGGAGGAGGCCUCGCGGGGCGGCGAGAUGGGCUGCCCCGACGGCGCGGCGUGGGCGGCGGGCGGGCGGCUGGGCGUGCCGGCGCCCUGGCUGCACGACUACCGCCUCAAGACGGAGGACGGCCUCAGCUCGGGCCAGUCCACGCCGUCGCUGUGCUCGCAGUCCUCGCACCUGCCGUCGCUGUCGCCGCCCGCCUUCCCGCACAUGUCGCCGCCGCCGCCGCUCGCCUCGCCGCGCAUGCGCCUCUCGCCGCACCUGAUGGCGUGCCCGCAGUCGCCGCACUCGCCGUCGCCCGUCCCGCCCGCGUCGCCGCUGCCGCCGGGGCACCACCACCGCCACGUACACGCGCUCCUCAAGGAGUCGCUGCAGCAGCGCCUGGAGGAGGCCGCGCGGGAGAGACUCUCGCCGCAGGAGACCCUGCUGAAGGAGCGGGGGCGCGGCGGCAGCGCCCGCGGCGCCGGCGGGGGAGCGCGCAGGAAGCGCUCGGCGCUGUUCAUCCCGCCGGCCGACCCGAGCACGGAGGUGAGCAUCUGCAAGUUCAAGUUCACGGGCGGCCCCAACCCCAUCCUGGAGGAGAAGAAGAUGGUGAGUGUGGACGCGGGCGGGACGCUGCGCUACUUCAGCGGCGGCGAGCGCGGCGUGGCCAGGGACUCGCGGGCGGCGGCGGCGCACGUCAAGCUCUCGGGCAAGCUGCUCGACAACAUCACCAAGUGCGAGACGGACGUCAAGAAGAUCCGUCUGGAGAGCGACACGGAGGACACGUGCAGCCUGUCGGGGCUGGGCAGCGCCACCACCUCGCCCGUGGGCACGCUGGAGCGGGGCAUGCAGCCGCCCAUGCUGGCGCCGCCCAUGGAGGACUCGCCCAAGAGGAAGCGCCGCUCCAAGAAGUCGUCGGUGCGCGAGAAGCUGGAGCAGACGCUGCGCGAGCGCGGCCUCCUGAUCCAGACGCAGCAGGUGGAGUCGGCCGAGGGCGCCACCUACUGCAAGUUCCGUCAGCUGCGCAAGUUCACCCGCUACCUCUUCCGCAGCUGGAAGGACUAUCUCCCCGGCCAGCUGCAGGAGGGGGGAGUUCCGCUGGACGGCUACAACGACCCUCGUCACCCCGCCUUCCCCCACCACCUGGCCCGCGGCCCCCCCACCCCCGACCACCGCUGACCUCCCCCGCGCCCCGUACCCGACCCUCGCGCGCGGGCGGCGCUCCGCCACCUCAGCCUACCUGGGCAUUUACACUUCUCUCAUAAGACGGGCUGCUUGUGGGUGGUGGCUGCAGACCCCUCCUCCUCCUCCUCGUUUUCCACCUCCUCUUCCUCCUUCUCCUUCUCCUCCUUCUCUCCUCCUUCUCCCCCUCCUCCUCUCGACCCCAGGUUGUGACGCACAAAGUACAAGAUCCUCUACUCAUUAGCCAGAGAGCACAGGCUGCUCGCCCUCUCUCCGCCGACCCAGACGUGAACACCGAAGCAUGAUGAGAAAAGCAAUGAAAUCUCUCCCCUGAAAUCUGAAAGCUUCAGGUCUGAUUUCCUCCCUCGUGAACGGGUGACGCGUGGCCCCUUUUAUCUCCCCCCCUCCCCCUUCCUCCUCCUCCUCCUCCUCCUCCUCCCUCCUUCCCCUUUCAUCUUCCCUCUUUAUACGCUCGCCACCAAGAGUGAAUCGGGAUGAACUUUUAAGUUAUACCAAGAGGGAAAAUAAUGAAUUAAUUAUUCUCCUAUCUCUCUCCCUUUUUCCCUUAUUUUCCCUCUAACAUCCAUUCGUUUUCUAUAUAAUGCAUUUUACCCUGAAUGGAAUGUCUUUCCUUCUUCCCUCUUUUUUCGCAUUUUUCCCCUCACACACACCUUCUCAUCACUCCUUCUUUCGGGGAAAAUAAUAUGUCCUUUUUUCGUGGUCCAAAGAGGUUGUUCUGUGAACGGGAACCUCACACCUUGAUGAGGAGAUGAGGACUUCCAUGUAUAAAAAGAAUAGUUUGACAUAGUUACUCUGUACAUACAAGUUUAAUAUCACCGAUAAGUGUCAAGUCUCCCCCCCCCCCCCACGCUCAGCCAAGAGCACCGACGAGUGUUUAUCUCGUGACACUUUUUGCCCCUCCUUCCGUCCCCUCCCUCCUCCCCCUCCCUAACUCACUAGGAUCUCUCCUUCGUCAGACAAACACAACUGCGUCUCUCUCUCUCUCUCUCUCUCUCUCUCUCUCUCUCUCUCUCUCUCUCUCUCUCUCUCUCUCUCUCUCUCUCUCUCUCUCUCUCUCUCUCUC